GCUGUUGCUCUACAAGAUCACCUUGUUCGAUCAUUAUCAUUAAACGAUCCCUUGAAUAACAGAAAAUCUUAUGUAAGCCCGAAAAAGUCUACCAGGAAAACAAAGGCGGUUUCUAAGAUUGAUACCGGGGUUAAAAAACCGACACCUAAAAAGACACUAAAUACGGCAAGCCAUGAGAAGGAAUAUGUAAUCGAAUCGAGAAGUAAACCCCUUACUUUAGCACAAAAAUUUGGAAUUAUUGAUACUCCUAACAAGCCCUUAACGGAAGAAGAAUGGGCUAGACUAAAAGACAAAUCAAAUGAACGACAAGAUUCUUCAUUACCCUGUCCAAUUUGUCAGGAACACUUUGGAAAUCAACAACAGAUUUUGCUUUCUUGCUCUCAUGUCUUUCAUCGGACCUGUCUAGAAUCGUACGAAAAGUUUAGUGGUCGAAAAACUUGUCCUAUGUGUCGCAAGGUAGAAUACCAAAAACGCGUUAUUUAUGAGGGUUCCAAAAUAAAUCGAGUUAAAUGUGCGAUCAAGAUACAGUCAGCUUGGAGGGGAUAUGUCGUAAGAAAAUGGUACGCCAACCUCAGAAGAACUAUGCCUCCAAAAAAUCCCUUGUUACGGCAAAAAUUUUUUCAAGCAAAGCUUGCAGAAAUCACAGAUACUUUGGUAUCAUCCGUAAACACAGAUGUCGACGCUUUUCUUGCGGAUAUUGAUUCAUCUGUUGCUGCUAGUCGGCAAAUUAUGAGUUUGGCAGAUACAUCAUACGAUGCACGCUUAAAUGAGAAUGAAUGGAAAAAAAUACAAGUACAAGCUCUUCGGAGGAGUACCUUAGAGUGCCCAAUUUGUAUUGCGCCUAUCGAAAAGCCUAGAGCUUCCACAAGCAAAAGUAAAAACGGAAAUAGCAAACAGCUUGUCAUUCUAUCCUGCUCUCAUAUAUUCCAUCAAGUAUGCUUGGAGGCGUUUGAAGAAUUUUCAAUACAAGCUACAAAAGUUUGCCCAGUAUGCCGAUCACAUUACGUCAAGAGGAAAUUAGAUUUAGCUGCAAUCGCUAAUUAA